AUGGCAACCGCAGAAACCGUCGAAAUGGGAGCUGCCCAUCCUCCUAAAUCCGAAUCCAUAGAAGCAUUCUCCGCCAUACUCCCCGCCCUCAAAAAAGAGCUCAUCCACCUCCGCCACGAAACCGACAAGCACGAGCCCCAAUACUUCGCACCCGUCUCCUCCCUCUCCAACGACCAACUCGCCGACAUCUCCACCUCAGACCUAAAAGAAGUGCGCGUAGCCACGUCGGCCUACGGUCUUCACCUCUUCGGAAAGGUUGAGCUGCCAGCGAGCCCUGGAAGUUAUAUCAUGUUUAGGGCGUUUAUUGCGGGAGAGGCGCAGUCGGCUAGGUUGCAUUGCAUUCAUUUCGAGGAGACGGAGAAGAGUGAUGGGGAUAAGGAUUUUAGGGCGAUUUUUGGGGAGAAGGAUCAGUUGGAGUGGUUUGAUGUGUAG